AUGGACCAACACAAUAAUCAGGGCUUCGGCCAGUUCUAUGUCGAGGACUAUGGUGCAGCUGCCGGCACCAACGAGACCCUGCAAGGACAUGCGCACGGCGAGGAGAACUUCUCCAACUUUACUCAGGCGAACCUCUGGGAGUCCACGAACCCGGCCUUCCAACCCCAAUACACCACCUCCGGCGUGAACCAUGGCUUCACAAACGACUAUGCCAAUGCUGGCUAUGAGCAGCAAGCGGCGUUUCAGAAUCAGGCACCCGGUCAAUCGCCGCCUCAGUUUCAAAACUCACAAUAUGGCGGCAUGUUCAACGAUAUGGGUCAGCCAGCUCAAUUCCACGACUAUAGCAACAACUUCAGCGCCCAGCCCCCUCAGGCACAACACCCCAACCCCAGUCAUCAGACCACGAUCAGUCAAGUCAACCCAGCAGGCUUGAGUUUCGUGGGACAACAGCAACCAUCCCAACCGUAUCAGCAAUCUCAUCCUCAGCAAGCUGGUCAGCCGGACCAAUUCCUCCAACACCAAUUUGUGGCUUACGAACACGGCGACCACCGCAUGUCCCACUCCAUUCCUCAGAACCAACACGGCAAGAUGAAUGCGCAGCCACAAAUCGCUCCUGCAUUGCAACAACCCCAGGGCGUGCCAUACGACACGUACCAUCAGACCAGCCAGCCAGCCCAGUAUUCCCACCAGCCUGACCAAGGCCACUUCGGGGCUCCGUUCCAUUCCUUUGGAAUCCAAGAGGCUCGAGUUCAGUCUUCGGCUUCUCCGAGUAAUGCUCAGCCUCUGGCACCGGCCUCGAAUCGAACCCCGCAACAGGUGAGCUCACUGCCACCCCAGCAGAUGGCACAAGCCCAGGGACAUCCCCAGCAGCCUCUUGUUUCCGCACAGCAGGUCAUAGGAGCAGCCUCAAAUGGGAUGCCACUUCAGCCCAGCGCCAAGCCAUCGGCCCGGGCAGCACAAGUCAUCGACGGUCCACCUCGGGUAGUCGAAGAUUUGGUCAAGUCGCGGUCUAGGGCUCAGGAAGAAGAGCUGUUUCCUGGUGUCCCGUAUCUUGUCGUCGGCUCUCCAAGGAUGGCAGAGCCUGUCAAGGUUCCUGACAUGCCCAUGGUUCAACUCGAUAUGUCUCGAAAUCUGGGACGUGCCCAUCUCGGCCAGAAACAGCCUCUGGCUUGCGAAUUGAUCAAGACUUAUACAGACGAGGCGACCGAACACCCCGAAAACCGAGACGCCCUGAAGGCGCAAUUGAUUCAACAGUUUAAGCAACAAGGCAAGACCGUGCCUUGGAAAGCGUAUGGUUUGAAGGGCUGGGGUCAAGCUGGCAAAGACGCAUCGCCAGAGGCCGAUGAGUCCGAUUAUGAAUCCGAAGUUGAAGAAGUUCGCAGCGCCACCCGUCCUAGUGACCCAGUCGAGGCAGCCGCCUGGGAUGCGAUUGGUAUAGUGUAUCUCGAUGCAGAGGCUGCCAAGGACAAGAAGAGUGUCGGCGCAGCCGUCAAAGCCUUUGGCGAUUUCAUCAAGAAGAUUCGCGAAGAUAUCAAAGCUGAGCCUGAGACCAAGGAUCCGAAUGUAUUGAGUCCAAAUCAACAGCGGUUGUUAAGAGCAGUCGAGGCGGCGGAGGAGAAAGGCGACGACCAAGUGCUGGUCAAUCUUGGAGGAAACAACCCUCUGAUUUCCAACUUGGUUUUCAGCCUCCAUAAUCUGCCCAAAACCGCCGAUCUCUCGGGGGAGUUGCCGAAAGCUGUACUGCGGUUGUUGUCCCGAUGCUCUUUGCACCAAGACAUUCUGGAGAAGGUCAAGUUUCCUCGGCUUGAGAAGCGGCUGAUGGAAAAGGGGGAUGACGAGGUCAAGAGGCUGGUCAAGAGUGUCCAUAAGGCAGUCAAAAGGGACGACAAGACCGACAUGGCCCGCAGCUCCUCCCAGCAAGGCGCCACUCAUCCCGCAUCUAAGUCAUCUGUAGCUAGCUCCGACACGUCUACGGAGAACGGGACAGCUUCCAAGGCUGCCAGGCCGGCUUCACGGAUACCCUCCGACACUGCGUCAUCCAAGCGGCCCCGCGAGGACGAGCCUGACGCCCGAGCCUCAAAGAAGUUCGCUGCGGAUCCUGCAAAUGGCGCAGCGCAAGCGCCUUCGAAGGCCUCACCUACAAAGAAUGCGUCUACCGUGACCCAACACACAGUCGCCCCCGCCAAGCCCUGGAGUGGAAGCGCGCUUCUUCCCGGGAAGACCAGGCCUGCAGUCAAACCGGCAGCUAAGACUGACGGGCUAAAAACCGAAAAGGCCGAGCCUUCAAAGACCGCAGCACCCAAGUCCGGAGUUCUUUCCAAGACUGACGUGUCCAAGUUGGUCGCCACCAAACGCGACCCGCUCAAGGCUGAGGCGACAAAGGUCAAGAAACCGGUAGUGUCUAGAGCAGAGCCGUCUUCAUCCUCGAAGUUGGGCGCCCUCCUUCAAGAGAUCUCCAUGCCCAAGAAGCAACCAGCUGCUUCAACGACACCCGAGGCAGUGCCCGAGAAAUUCGAGACGCCUGAGGAGAAAGAGAAGCGGCUCCGCAAGGAGAAGCGGCGCCAUUUGCGAGUCAGCUGGAAAGAAGGCGACGAGUUGACACAGGUCCGUGUCUUCCAGAAGGACAUCGAGGAGGACGAAGGCAGAGAGGACAACAUGAUCCGUGACGCUCGCGACGACCGGUCCGAGGGCAUGGUGCUCAAGCAGAGCCUGAAACAGGGAGGCAUGGACGUGGACGACGAUGAGGAGGAGGAUGACGACAUUCUAUAUACGCCUUGGGUCGCCCCCACUCCUUUUGAUCUAUCAUCAUUGCCUGCAGAGAAGCGCGAGAAGAACUACAUCACGCGCGGCGGUACUUUGCCAAUUCGAACUCAGCAGCAGAAGGAAAUGCAGGAUCGCGAGAACAAUGUUCUCAUGGUCGUCUACACAGCAGCUUCGGACAUCCCGCCCACUCCUAAAUCGCCGGCCCAAUCCUACAACGACCCUCAGCAGCCGAAGCCUCCACCCGGCGUGCAUCUACCGACAAACGACCCCAGGUAUUACGAAUUCCAUCAACGGUGGACGGAGAACCAAAGGUUGGGCAGCUCCUGGGCAUCACACAACGCGCUCCAGCGAGCAGAGAGCCGACAGAUGGGUGGAGCUGCGAGAGGACUCGGCACUGGUCCUCAGGGGUCUACUGGCCAUAGCGGCAAGCCCUUCUUCCCAUGGCCAUCCGCCAAGAGAUCCGAAGAGGUCUUGUCGCUUCUGCAGUCUGAUAGAGUCAAGAAGUGGACCACCUCUAAGCCGUACGACCCUAACAAUUCCAGAACGAUCCGUCGUCACGAUUAUCCCGACCCAGCCGUUCAGGCUGCUGCGGAUGGUGUAGAGACUGUUGCUGCCCAGUUGAAGGGCCAGCCAUUCCCUGCCACGGAGCCACCCUCUUAUAUCACCGACCCGGCGCGUGUCAAGGAGUGGUACGAAGGAUACAAUCGUGAACAGGAGCGCAAGCAGGCCCUGCAUGCUCCGUCAGCCGUUCCGGCGGCUGCUUCGCCAGCUGAUUAUGCGGCUAUGGUCGAGUACUAUUCCAAGCUCGGCUACGCAAUCCCACAGCCUCCGACGACUCAGGUACAGCUGCCUUAUGAUCAGGCCUAUGCCCCGUACUACAACCAGCAAGCCCAGGCUGCACAGGUAUCCGCGGCUCAGCAGCAAGCCGGAGGCGAUGCCAAUGCUCAGCUUCAGGCACUUAUGGCGACACUCGCUGGAACGGGCGCUCAGAAUGCAUAUGCUGCUCCAGCAGCUCUGGCUCCACCGCAGCCAGACCCCAGCAACGAUCCUCAGGUUCAGGCUCUUUUGGCUAGUCUGGGUUCGGGUGUCCCGCAAGGCCAAAUCCAGUAUCCCGGUCAGCCAGCGAUGCCCGUACCGAACACCAAUGAUCCUGCCCAGCAAGCCUACUUGGCCGCUUUUGCCCAAUGGGCCGCCGGCCAGCAUGCUGCUGGCACUCCUACGCAGCAGCAGGCCGUCGCACCGCCUCCAGAUGGUCCCAUUCCAGGCCAGCAGCAGCAGCAGUCCAAGAACUUUGGCAACGAGUACAAGCAGCAACGCGAGCAGCCAGACUCGCGCGACUCGGGCAGCGGCGGCCGCGGCCAGGGCCAGCAGGGCAAGCACCACGCCCGGGAGGCUCGAGAGGCCAAGCAGGCGCGCGAGGCCAGGGACUCGCAGGACCCCUCGAUCCCGAGCCACCUCCGCGGCAUCAACCGGAACCUGAUCGGCACGAAGCCGUGCACUUUCUGGAGGCAGAACAAGUGCGCCAAGGGAGACAAGUGCACGUUUCGCCACGACUGA